AUGCGGAAGUGCGGUUUGAAAAGAUCCGCGAAACCCUCCCCUGGUUCCGGUCCCUGGUCUUUGGUCCUGGACUGGGUUCUACAGGAGUCCUCACCUCUGGUACCGGAGCUGCCUCCUCCCUCUGCUGCUAGACCUCCUGCUCCAGCUGCUCCAGACUGGGGCCUUCACCACCACGAGGUCCCCCCCUUUCCAAACCAGGUCCCGUCUCCGGACCGGGUCCCGUCUCCGGACCGGGUCCCGUCUCCGGACCGGGUCCCGUCUCCGGACCGGGUCCCGUCUCCGGUCCGGGUCCCGUCUCCGGUCCGGGUUCCGUCUCCGGUCCAGGUCCUGUCCCCAGACCAUCCCUGUCCCUCUCCUGAGGCCCCCUCCUGGGCCUCACCGCGGCCCCCUCACAGUCGGGGGGUCCCUCUCUCGGAGCACACAGACGGACCAGGAGGCAGUAGAGGGACAGUAACGCUGCUGCAGACCUGUCCCAUGUGUCUGAUGGAAUUCCCUCAAAGUUUCUCUCAGCUGCAGAGGGACGGUCACCUGGCCCAGUGUCUGGCAGACGUGAACAUCGACGUGAGCUGGUGA